UUCAAACAGUUUUUUUUUAUUCCUCAAUGCUCUGGGCCGCACAAUAGCCCAUAAUCCUGUAAUUCCUUAACAGUGGCGCAAAUUCUCACCGAGCUGGGGAUGCAGGAGGGCUCAUCUGGAAGUCCAUUUUGGCGCUCCCGCGAGAGUGCGACUCGCGGCCAAGUUCACAGCGCUGUCGCGCGGCCAUUGGGCGGAAGAAGAAGAAGAAAAGAGUGCUGAGCGUGCGUAGGACAGGGCAGAAUCGCAUCCCCGAGAGAGAUAUGUUGAAUAUUUGUGUGUGGUAUAUAAAAAUCAUGAGCGAAUGAGGUGGAUCAGAAGCAGAGUUGAGCUGCCACUGAGCGCGAGUGUCCAAGUGAGAAAAAAGUUGUUGGCUGAUGUCUUUGAGCCUCAAACAUGGUGAAAGCAGUGUCGCAAGCUGUGAAAAUUAGGAUAUACAGUAUAUCAAAUCAUGACGGGACAUGAAGAUGACGACUACCUAGUUAGAGUACGUGCACAGGUGAUGACCAGGGAUGAGAGCACUGAGGGCUGGGUGCCGCUGCCCAGCGGCGGACUGGCGUACGUGUCCAUCAGGAAGCGCGCCCGCCUGCCGCCCGAGGUCGGCGGCCAUGAGUACAUCAUCUAUGGCCAACGAAUAUCGGAUCAAACCGUCAUCCUCAGCUGUGUCAUCAACCGAGAUCUGCAAUACUUUAAGGUCAUGCCGACAUUUCAUCACUGGCGAGCGGGAAAGCAGCGCAACGGACUCACUUUUCAGACGGCCGCCGACGCGAGGGCGUUCGACAAGGGCAUCAUCAGGGCGUAUGAUGACUUAAUAGACGGAAUGGACAAUGACACGAAAACAUCGCCGUGGAAACCAUUUCUAAAUAAAUACGACUCAACAGUGGGUGAGGAUGAUGUGUUCAUGACACUCGAUCUGCCCCUGGAGCCAUCGGAAUCUCGAUCCAACUCCAAUUCGGAGGGGAGCCAAAAGAGCGAUAAGCAAAAUAUCCAUUACAUAUCGACGGAGAAGCCGCCCGCGUCUGAGCAGCACUCGCCAAAUCCCAGCUUCAAUCAGGAGGCGCCCGGCGGCAUUGCGCCCGGCGACAACUACUCCUACGUGCAGCUCACGGCCGUGCACGAGUACAACUAUCCAGUGGUGGAGGAGCCCGUGGGCGCCGUGAUCAGCGCUCGGCGUGACUCCACGUGCAGUUUGAAGAAGAGAACGGCUCUGGACGCACCAGCGUCCGCUCUCAAGGAUGUCCUGCCUGUGAAGACGAGGCUGCGCUGCCGGUACUGCCAGGAGUUCUACACAGAGGAGUGGAAUCGCAAGGGCGCGUGCGAGUACGCGCCGGACUGCUUCCGCGUGGGCCUGGACAAUGUGUCGGGCAUAGUUUGUGCACGCGGAAUGCUGUAUCACUGCAUGAGCGAUUCGGAGGGCGACAUGCCGGCGCACCCGUGCGAGUGUGUGGCCGAUUCGGGCUGCACGAAGCGCUGGCUGGGUCUGGCGCUGCUCUCGCUGCUGGUACCCUGCCUGUGGUGCUAUCCACCGCUGCGCGCUUGCCACUGGCUCGGCAUGUCCUGCGGCCUGUGCGGCGGCAAGCAUCGGCCGCAGGACUGACAAUGGGACGCCGCGCCGUGCUACAAUCAGUACCAGACCAUCUCGCUGGGCGCCGCGGCGCCCAAGCACGUGCGCUUCGCCGACGAGAUGCAGAACUGGAUCUGAGCAAAUGAAACAUUCCGCGCCGGAGGAACACUGGCUGCGCCGAUGGAAUAGGGCAUCUUUUUUCGUGGUUUUUUUUUCUUCUUUUUGAUGAGAAAUCAGAGAAACCAUAAAAACCGCCAAAUUCCCGUGCUUUAUUCCAUGGUGCCGAGAGAAGAAAAAAAAACUGUUAAGUCACUGAGUAGAGAUUGUCUUCUUGUCUCAAAUGAACACAUGUUAGGAUGCAGAAGAGCGCGUGUUGAAAGCCAAUCUGUACAAAACUGUGCGUGUGCAUUUGCAGCCGUGGCGAGUGCGUGUGAGUCAAUAAUGGAUGAGUGUUGGACAGCGCCAUUUCCGCUCAGUGACCAUUUUCCUUUUGUCUUUGGAUUAAUGUGUGGAAAAUCUCACUGGGCGGCACAAUGUUGAGUCUUCAGCACUUUUCCAAUGUGACGCCCAAUUCACACUCGCCAGGGUGGUUUUGAAAUUCACGCGAAAUCUAUAUAAUUUAUCCCCAUUUAUGUGAAAAUGCCAGCAUUAAACAUCAAAAUAUUAAAGCUAAAAAGGCCUGAGUUUGUUUAUUUCUCCUUUUGCAAAAUGCAUCACAAAGAAGAUUAUCGUGAGCAUUCUUCGGUCAAUCUUCCCUCAGAUGUUGUUCUUUUUUGAAGUAAGAUUGACCUGUUUUUUUUUCACUCAAAUUCACCAUAAAUUUGAUCAUCUCUUGUGUUUUUGAUAAAAACACGGGGCUCAGAGAUGAUUAAAUUUGUCACUUUGAAAAUAUUUUAUUGUUUAAAUUAUUUGAUCAACAAAAAAAUGCCUUUAGUUUUAGAGAAAAAGUUUAAAGGUGAGGAUAAAAAAAACAAAAA